UCCUGCUAGAUGCACUGGAAUUAAGGUGAUUCAAAUCCAGAUAGCCCAAAACUCUAGUUAUGGUAAUGUUGUCAACUGUUCCAGCUAGCUGAAUAGGAAAUCCAAUAGAAGAAUGUCCAUGAAAAGAAGUUCUGGAGUAGUAACUGGAUUAACUGUCUUGUGUGCACUUGUCAUUGUCUGCACCAAUCAAUUGGAGUGGAGUUAGGCCAUGCUAGACAGCAAAAUGCAAGUGUGACUAAACCUGUGUCAAAUAGAAAGAAAUUGAAUUGAUACAGUAAGUGGAAAACUGGUAUGAAGGAGUGACAGUGUCCACCAUAAAGUUUUUCAGUCAUUCUGAGACAUUAGAUCUGCUUCUUGGAAAAAUUUGACAAGCAAGCAUGCCGAAUUUCUGAAAAGGAUGAAAAUAGCUACCUGACCUGAUGCCAGAGCAGCUCGGCUGCUGUGGUUCAAAAUGGCUUGAGCAGAGAACCUCUCCUGUCUAAACCUAUAGGAAAGUGGAGUCACCCUGGCAAAGGCUUGCCACACGGAGUUCAUUGCAGGGCUUGGUCACUGUACCGAAUCAAGGCAAGACGUUGUCUUCUGUAUGGUGAGGGUGUACCAGUUAUGAUAGAUGAUUGACUGCAAAAUGAUCUCAUCCACAUCCUGAAUGCAUCAAGAGACUCUUUUUAAUGCAGAUGAAACUGAACUAUUUUAUUGUCUUUUACCAAAUCACACUCUAGAUGUUUCCUCUUCAAAUAUUAAUGGUGGAAAGUGAAGCCAAGAAACCUAUCCUGCUGUGAUCUGUGCUAACAUGGACGGCACCAAAAAGGUGCUGCUGCUUUGAUGCGAAAGUCUAAGACAUCACAUUGUUUUGUGAAUAUCAACUUAUUACUGCACAGUAUGAGUCUAACCAAACUGUCUGGAUGAUCUCCAGUAUUUUUGAGGCAUUGAUCAGCAAGUAGAGAAAAAUGUACAAAUGGACAAAAAGGAAAAUUACCUUUACAGACAACUGCCUCAUGCACUGUGACAUCACUGGCCUCAAGUCAAGCUGAUGCUUUUGCCUUUCAACACCAGACAAUAGAUCGGGGAUGAUUAGAUUCCUAAAAAUCAACUAUUGAUGGCAGCUGAUCUUGCAUCUUUAUUGAUAGCUUCUGGAAUAUUUGCACUCCUGUUAGAGGCUACUUGCAUGGAAGAUGGUAACAAAAGGCAACAUUGCCAACUGCUCCAACCAUGUUGAGUUCAAACAGGCUGCAACUGUUCAAGAUGCCAAGGAAUGCAGGGGCAAGGAUGGGGCCAACCAAUUUGUUGAUGAAGCCCUUUUUUUUCCUUCACCUGUAGAAGGAUGGCACAAAAAUUCCAACAGACGCACCAAAUGGAUGAUACUGUAUGUUGCACAAAGGAUCUGGCAGACAAGGUGGUGGUAGAUUUCAUGCAUUCUUCAACUGAGGAGCCAGAUGACCCUGAAGGUCUGAUGAAUGCUCACCCAUCGGUCUCUCUACCUGAAGUUGCAACGGCUGCAGAAAUACAGCAAGAUUUCAUUUGCAGCACAAAAACACAGAAGACAUGUUUAACUUCAUUGACAACAUGGUGGAUUGUAUCACGCUUGGCUGAAGACAGCACUUUACUUGGUUAAAGUUGCUGGGUUUUUCCAGAGGUAACUCUGUCUUUUACGGUACAAAGUCAGACCAUUGCAAGAAAAAAAACAUCUGUUGAGUUAACUGGAAACUUGCAAUUUGAAGACAAUGAAUUUGACAACUGAUGACGAUGCUAACUUCAUAACUGAAGAAACAUUUGAUUUUGGAAUUGGUUUCCCAACUGAAAGCCAAGAAUCAUUGCUUGAAACUGACCCUGAAGAAGUUUUAAUUGCUCCAAUCAGGCAUUCUGAGAGGUGUGUUGCUAUGGGAAUUGAUGUGAACUGUAAUAAUGGAAAUCAGCAGAAAACAAAUGAAGCCGUGCUGAAGUGGAGUCCACUAAGUGCAGAAAAACUCGUAGAAAUAGUAAAGGAAGCAAAUCGUCUGGCAAAUCAAUUUGAAAAAUGUGCUUUGAAGGAGAAGGAAAAUGCAAAAAUACAGGGAAGAGAGGACAGAAGUGGCAAUGACCGAUCAAAAUUGGAAAAAGAAUCCAAAGCCAAAAUCAGACUUCUACAAGAUAACAGAACGUGUAAAAAAAGUCCUCGAAGUCCAAGGAGAGAUACAUUUUUUGUGUUGGAUAGCCCAAAUAAGGCUCUUCUUCCUUCUGUGAAUCUUCAGGUUAUAAAUGAAAACAGCCCAAUCGCUAACACCGGACAUGUACAUCCCAUUGAACAUGAAAUCAGCAACUCCAGAAUAGGUUUGACCAGUGAGUCUGAACGAAUAACCACCAACAAACCAAUGCAAACAAAGGAAGGUAACCUAUCUACAGAAAUCAAGCAAGCAGCUGUUAAGAAGCAAUCAAUGCUGUCCAAACCAUCUGGUUUGAAACUUCCAUCUGGUUUUAACAGGAAAGGAAAUAUGCAUUCGCUAUCUCCGUCCAAACCCUACCAAUAUCCUAAAAAGGAUUCAGUGCAUGCACCCUUGUCCUCUACAGGGCAUCUAAAGCAAACCAGAGGUGCAUCAUUAAACAAUCCAGAAAAUCGUUCUGGAAAGAGUACCAUUUUGCACAGCAAACAAAGUAAAGAGAAAGCCCCAAUGAUAUCAGAGACCAAGAUGCAUAGUUCAUCGAUCUCUUUUAAACACUCUGCUGAUGCCAACAGUAAGCUACUUUCAAGUGCUAACAAAGCUUCUAGCAAGGAGAUCAGUCAAAUACAACCACCAAGCAAGAUUCCUCCUGGAAACAGAUUGAGACCUGGAUCUGUCUCAUCUAUUCGCACUGGGAAUAAAAACGAAAGAGCCAGUUCAGCUGUGCUUAAAGGGAAAGGAUCAGAAAGACCACUCAAAACCACAGUUACUUCAACUAAGCAUCUGAAUUCUACUGUAUGUGCUUCAGCGAGCCAAAUUAAGUCUCAGCCUGAGAAAGCCACUUCAAGUAAUGUUGUAAAAAGGUUUAGCAUUACAGACUUGUGUUGCUCAUCUUGGUGUGAAGAGGACCCAGUAUAUGGAGAUGAUUUGUUAUGGCAUUCAAUGAGUACAGAAUGUGAAGAUGUUUUCUUUCUUGCAUUUCUAACUAACCUGUGUACUGAGAAUUUAUUAAAACUUUUACUGUGGAAUGUUGUGGCCUUUCUCCAAAGGGAGUAGAUUUGGAAGCGGAAAGGACUGAAACCUGUCUAUACAAAAAAUGAAAUUUUAAUGGUUUUAGGAUUAAGUUUCAAACCUUUUUCUUUGGUAUUUCACUUAAAAGUUAUUUUUAAAACGGAAGCUAUGUAACACUAAAAAAAGUGACAUUGAUUUUUGUUUAGCUAUCUCAUUUAUGAGUCAUAAACUAUGAAUUGUAAAAAUAUAUCUUAAAGCUCAACUUUUUACCUUUUUAUCUUGGCUGCGUCAUCACCGGCACAAGAUUAGUUUUGAAACAUGCAGAAAUCCUAGUAAAUGUAUUUGUAAAGUCUGAGACUGUGGUGCAUGACUUUUCUAAUCUUCAUGUCCUUUUUAUUUCACUUAUCACAUACUUCACUGGAGGAAUUUCAAGAGAUUAAAACUGGUUAAAACUGAUCCAUGAAGAAAUGGUUUUACAAAAGUCUGUUAAAUGUACCUUUAUGAACUGCCAUUCACUAAUAUUGCCAGGUAUUGUAAAAUGAGCAAAUUAAGGUAGGAAGUUCACAAAUGUAACUCUGUUUCAAGAAAGAAAGGAAAACUGGGAACAUGGUACGUGAGUUGUUGGAAAAUGAGAGUCUUAACUUCCAUUAGAACAAGUCAACAUGCUUGAAAGGGAAAUCCUGUUUGACAGAUUUACUAGCUUUUUGAAGUUAUAACGAAUUGAAUGGAUGAUGGACAACCUUCUAUGUAGUAUACCUGGAUUUCUAAAAAGGUUUCAAUAAGGUGUCCCAGAAAAGAUUAAUGGCAAGAUAAGGGCUCACAGAACUGAUAAGAUAUUAACUAGGAUAGAGGAUUCUUUAAUGGACCCAAAACAGGACAUUUUCAUAUUGUACGCCAUGACUUGAAGUGCCACAAGUAUAACUGUUGGUGUCUCAGCUAUUUACUGAAGGAGGACACAGGCUACAAUUAGCUAUAGACAAGUUAAUCGAGUGGGUGGCAAGCUGGCAGAUGAAGUCUAUUGUGGAUAUGUGAAGUUACUGACUUGCCAUGCAAGAAUAACCAAGUGGAAUAUAUUUUUUGAAAGAUGUGAAAAUUGUAAAUGCUGAUGUUCAGAGACUUGUGUACUUAUACAAGAAAAUAGGAGAGCAAGUGGUAUGUUGGCCCUUAUUUGCAAGGGGAUUGAAGUACAACAAUAAGAGUCUUCCCACUAGUGAACUGGGCUUUGAUGAAAGCACAUUGGAAUACUCUGUGCAGUGUUGUGCGCUCUUUCUGUCUAAAUGAGGAUUUUCAUAAAUCUUGCAAAGGAGGAGCUGGUACAGCAAAGCUUCACUAGAUUGGCUACUGGGAUGAGGACUUUGUCCUAUGACAAGAAGAUGAGCAAAUUUAGUCUUAUUUUCUCCAAUUCAGAGGGGAAAAAAAAAGUGUGGAUUUUAUUGGAUUUGAUAGGCUGGAUGCUGACCGAUUGUGUCCACUGGUCAGCAAAACAAAAACAUGCACACUCUCAGGAGAAGAGGUAGAUUAUUUAGGACUGAGAUGAGAAAAUAAAAACUUCACCAUGAAGAGACGUGAAUCUUUGUAAUUCUCUAACACCACAGGAUUGUGCAUUUCCAUUGUUGAAUACAUUUAAGGCUUAGAUUUUUUUUGGUAUCUCAGGGAACCCAGGAAUACAGGAGAGCAGGUAAAAAAGAAGAGUUGAAGUCAGAUAUAACCCAUGAUCCUAUUGAAUGAUGGAGCAGACUCACCGGGCCUUAUGGUUGAUUCCUGCUCCUUUCCUUUUAUGUUUGGAUACAUUGGUUUUAGUACAGGAAUAGAAAUUGAAUUCAAAUUUUGAAAGUUAUGGGUUAGUACCAGGUAAAACAAACCAAAUGCAAUUUAAUGGUAAUAUACAUUAAUCUGCCCAUUGACAUUUGUCAGGGAAUGGAACUUGCUCCCUUCUAGUUUAACCCAUGUGGUUUACUUUUACUGUCCUCGCAAUGUGUUCGGGUUGUUUUAUGGACAUACACACUAAAAUAAGCACCACAUACUUUUGUACGAUAGAUUUGUUUUUGUAAGAUUUGGUUCUUUAGAUACAGUUCUAUGAAGCUUUUUGUUUCUGUUUUGAUAUGAUGGAUCACAUUGUAUUUUGUUGUGUAAUAAAUACAAUUAAUCUUUGUUUAAAAUUACAGUAAAUGUGUUUUGUAGCAAAUAGUUGUGGCUGUUUUAUUUUGUAACUUGUAUUUAAUAAGGUGCAAGUAUCAUGUAUUUCCCAACGCAAUAGACUAAA